AUAACAUUACCAGCUACAGCAAUCAACCGUUCAAACCCAGCAACCCACGAUCCCCCACGAAUUCACACCGAGAUUUAUCUAAGCUCGAAUACUGACAUCUAUCGAUUGACGCGAAGACACACGAAAUCAUCGCGCGAAAUAUACCUAAUUCACCAGUUUCAAAGCAACGAUCGCCCCGACAACGAGAAAUCCAAGAAAGCAGAUGCGCUGCUAAACAUCAAUGACUACCCUUGUACGAGCUCGAAAUCCCCUAGAAACGUUGAGAAUGAACCAACAACCUGCGGGACGAAGAAGGAGUAAACGAUUAGCUGGUGGGUUUCGAUAUUUCUUACUCUUUGGAUUUGUGAUAAUGGGCGGGGGAAUGAGGAAAGAGGAUUUUUUGCGCAUUGGCCAGGAAGUUACUGACAGAAAGAACAGGAUAUGAGGAGGAAGAUGGAGAUUUUCAAUUCACGCGUGUAUCAAAAAAGGCGAAGACUACGGCGUCUGUUCCGGAUCCAAUACCGGAGGCAGUACUGCCUGUAACAACGACGGUACCUAGGAGGACUAAGAAGGUAGUUCAUGAGCGGCAAACUCAUGGUGUUACAUCAGCGUCAUCGCCACCCGUUAAGAAAACGAGAGGUGCACCCAAAACGAACCUUUCUACGCCGAAAGAAUCGAGAGUAGAGAAGGUACAGAAACCCAGGAGUGAAGUCGAACCGAAACGAGGGACUAGGAAAAGUACGCGUUUAUCGACCGAGAAAGUUCAGAGUGGAAAUGGAAAUACCGCGAAUGGAAGCAGGGAUCAUGACAACAGUAUCGACAUGAAUGGUGGUGCACCAGUACCAGAGGAAUCAAAUAGGUCGACUAUAGAAGCGCCAAAUAAUACGCACUCUACGGUCAUCGCCUUACCAUUUAGCGAUACACCAAUUAUAAACCGAAAUAAGGAAUUACGAAAGAAAGGCGGGACAGGUCAGAGGAGGAGUAGUUUAGGUAUGCGUGGGAGGAGGGCAAGUUCACUCAUCGACAGUGGAUAUAGUGCGAUACCUCACAAAGAGGUCGAAACCUCGCAGUUUUAUAAACAUAUCGAGGACGGAUUACCUGAACCGAGGAGAAUGAAACAACUUUUGACAUGGACGGGCGAAAGGGCUUUACCAGAAAAACCCGCGCAUGGCGAUCCGGAUAGUGGUGCGAAAUUGGCAGGUGAGUAAUUUAGUCACAUAGGAAGUCUGGGGAAGGGACUAAUUAAGUACAGCGAGGGCAAUAUCAGAAGCCCUUCUCAAAGAUUUUGGUACCAAUUCUACCUUUUCGAACUGGUUCGAUCGGGAAGAAAAACAACCAACCAGGAUAACGAAAGUGGUCAAAAAGCCCAAUCCUAAAAAUAUCGAGGCUGAAGAAAACAUACAAGCGCUAGAAGCUCGAGUAAAACAGUAUGAUUCUAUCUAUCCAAAAUUUAAAAAAUGCGCUAACAAAUCCCAGACUAGAAAUCGAAAAAGCGCAAUGGAUAUCCUUCAAAAAGCCCCCAGCGCCACUUCCACCCCUCUUUCCCAAUACAGAUGCAGACACAAAUCCCCUCUCCCCUUCUCAAAUCGAUGCUACUCUUCUCGACCCCGAACAAUCUGACAUUCUAUCUCUAAUAAAUUCCUCAUCCUCUUUAACACUACGCGAAAAUGUCUCGGAAAGGUUAAAAACCAUUCAUCAAGAAAUUGAAGGAAAAGUGGAUCGCUUCGUAGACGGAAUUCACAAAAUUGAAGGAUAUGGGGGAACAGUAGGAAGAGUAGCGGAUAAGAUAUUGGCGUUGAGUGCAGUGAGACUGGAUGAAAGGGAGAGAAGGGAGAGGGAAUUAGUAGGGACGAGGGAUGUGUCAAUGGUGGAGGUACUGAGGAGUUUAAGUAGGAUUUUACCCGAGGGAAGUGCGAGGUAGUUUCACCUGUGUUUAUCAAUGCAAUUAUUGGUUAAUAUAUGUUGUGGUGAAAGAUUCCGUAACUACAUUGGGUCCCGUUCCUGCUCAAUUAGAUCAUUGAAGCUUGACAAAAGUGUCGGGCGUAACAUCUUGACAGGGAAAGAGGAAUCGCGACAUGGGAUGGGAUGGGAAAUGAUAAAGGGAGAAAUGGAACGUUGAAUGAAUGAAUGAUAAGCGACUUUUGUCACGUUUUUUUGGGGGUUUUUUUUUACCUCCUUUUCCUUGGGGGAUUUUUUGUUUUUUUGGUCACUGUGAAUGGAAGGAAGCGUGACAUGGCAGGAUAGCAGGAUAACAGGCUUGCUUCUUUUCUCCUUUAGCUCGCAUUUUAUGGUAAGACUUACAAAGACUUACGAAU